AUGCCCCCUCCACACACCUCUGCGUUUGCGUCCCCUCCUGCUGACCUGAACCAGCAACGCCUCACUGAAGGCGACCGGGUCUGGGGUGUUGCUUAUCAUAUCAUUCCCUCCAAGGUUGCUGAAGUCAAAGAAUAUCUUGACAUCCGCGAAAUCAACGGCUACAGCAUUCAAUAUACCCCUUUCCACCCAGCUGAUACGGCGUCGCCCGACCUGAACUGCCUGGUCUAUAUUGGCCUGCCCAACAAUCCUCAGUUCCUUGGGCCAUUACUCCCCGAGACAAUUGCCGAAACGAUCAAUGCGAGCAUAGGUCCGAGUGGUGAAAAUAGAGAAUAUCUCCUACAUCUCGAAGACGCACUAGAAAACCUCAGUCCCCUCAGUCACGAUGAGCACAUAUCUGAUCUUGCCAGACGCGUCCGAGCCUUGACUGCUCCGGACCGCAACGUCUCCACGUCAUUUCAAGUUGACAACACCUUGAGGAGAGUUCACAGCACCGAAGAACAAGAAGAAAUCGAAAAAGCUGAAGGAGAAGAUGUGUCCCGAAGUGAUCCUACGAAUGCUCACUAG